AUGAACCAUCCACCACCCCAGAUAACUCCAUCAAUCUGGAGGGAAAUGGUUCAGAAAUGGGCUAACCUGAAUUGGUUGGAAAUAAGUGAUAAGAACAAAAAGAAUCGGGAGAAGAGUGAGCUUGCAACCACUAGUGGUUCAGCACCUUUGACCAAGUACAGAUAUGAGGAGGAUAACGAUGAGUCUGACGAGGAGAAUGCCGACGAGAUUGCUCCUGCAUGA